CUACCAGCUCCUUCUCCCAGCACUGGCCUUCAUUCUUUCCUGCUUAAUUUUGUUCCUCACACAAAAACCCAAGUCGAAGCGGGUCAACCUUCCUCCCGGGCCACCCGGGUGGCCAAUCGUCGGAAAUCUCUUCCAAGUUGCUCGGUCGGGAAAACCUUUCUACCAGUAUGUAGACGAUCUCCGGGGAAAGUACGGCCCAAUUUUCACCUUAAGAAUGGGAACCCGAACGUUGAUUAUUUUGACCGACGCCAAACUGGUCCACGAGGCCUUAAUCGAAAAGGGUCAGAUUUUUGCCACCCGGCCCCGCGAAAACCCGACCCGAAACAUCUUCAGCGGCAACAAGUUCAGCGUAAACGCCGCCGUUUACGGACCCGUUUGGCGGUCGCUGAGGCGGAACAUGGUGCAGAACAUGCUCAGCUCGAGCAGGCUGAAGGAGUUCCGGCACGUGAGGGAAACGGCAAUGGAGACGCUCGUUAAUCGGCUCCUAGCCGAGGCGAAGGCCAACGGCGACGGCGCCGUUUGGGUGUUGAAAAAUGCCCGGUUCGCGGUUUUCUGCAUACUUUUGGCCAUGUGUUUCGGGCUCGAAAUGGAUGAUGAGACGGUGCAGAAAAUGGAUCAGGUGAUGAAAACGGUGUUGAUCACUCUGGACCCGAGAAUCGACGAUUUUCUUCCGAUCUUGAGCGUGUUUUUCUCGAAACAGAGGAAGAGAGUAAUGGAAGUGAGAAAAGAGCAAGUUGAAUUUAUGGUCUCCUUGAUCGAGAAGCGUAGGAUGGCAAUCCAAAACCCCGGUUCCGAUAAAACUGCAACAUCCUUUUCCUACCUCGACACCCUCUUCGACCUCAAGGUCGAGGGGCGUAAAUCGUCACCUACCGACCCAGAAUUGGUGACACUUUGCUCGGAAUUCCUCAACGGCGGGACUGACACGACAGCCACGGCCAUUGAAUGGGGGAUUGCGCAGCUCAUUGCGAACCCGGAAGUUCAAGAAAAGCUCUACAAAGAGAUCAAACUCGCCGUCGGCGAUCGGAAAGUGGACGAGAAGGACGUCGACAACAUGCCGUAUCUCCAAGCGGUGGUGAAGGAAUUGCUGCGCAAGCACCCGCCGACCUACUUUUUACUGACACAUGCGGCGACGGAGCCGACAACGUUGGCAGGGUACGACAUCCCGACAGACGUGAACGUUGACUUUUUCUCCCCGGCCAUCAGCCAGGACCCGAAGCUGUGGUCGAACCCGGAAAAGUUCGACCCGGAACGGUUCGUUUCGGGUAAAGAGGACGCGGAUAUUACGGGGGUAAGCGGGGUGAAAAUGACGCCGUUUGGGGUUGGGAGGAGGAUAUGUCCUGGUUUGGGGAUGGCGACUGUUCAUGUUCAUCUGAUGCUUGCGAGAAUGGUGCAGGAGUUUGAAUGGAGUGCUUACCCGCCAAAUAGCAAGCUGGAUUUUUCUGGGAAAUUGGAGUUUACUGUGGUGAUGAAGAAUCCUCUUAGAGCCAUGAUCAAGCCAAGAGAUUAAGCUGGGAGUUUUUUUAAUGAUAAUUAACAAAUUUUAUGUAUUUAUGAAUUAUGAUACUCAAAAGGUAUUAUUUUAUAGUUUUUUUUUUUUUUUUUAAUGGGUUUUCUGUUCAGCAAUUGGGUGAUGAGAAUUGAAAGAUCAUAAUUUUGCAUUUGGUCACAUUAUGAUUCAGUACAUGUGUUUACCUUAUUUGUAAUAAGUUUACUGAACAAAGAGCUCUUAUGGGUUCAAAACCAUCUUGUGACUCACAGCCAAGCUAUGGUUCGGGGUGUAUCCUUGUCA